CAAGGCUUUCCGUAGAGAUGUGCAAACACUGCGCGCGAUUUGUGAAUUGUCCGUGGCGUUUCCUAGUAGUUGUGGUUAUUACGGUAGUAAGUUAAAAAGGUAGUUUAGUUCAGAUGUAAACGUUAGCAUUCAAUUGAAUCCCAACAUAAGGGUAGCCAACAAGCCAUGACAACAAUGUCUGUUACCAGGAAUAUAGACAGUUGAUUGGAGAUGCUAACAAAUGCAGUGUUGUUUUAGUCCUCAUUGAGUUACUGAAAGACGAAACAAAAAUGAGAAGGAGUCGUGCUCCAAGCCAGGUGGCCAAACGGAAACAAGCUGAUGAUUCAUCCGAGGAGGAAGAGUGGAGCCCUUCCCAGGACAAACAAACGAAAGGGGAUAGCAAUUCCAGAGAGAGUUAUGUCGCCCCUUUCAGAAAGCCUCUAACGCAGCUGACCAACCCUCCUCUGUGUGUAGACAGCAACCAGCAUGAAGCGUUCAUCCAAAGUAUCCUUUCCAAACCAUUUAAGAUCCCCAUUCAAAACUACACAGGUCCACUGGGAAUCAGGGCACUAGGUUUGAAGCGUGCUGGAGUGAGGCGUGCACUUCAUGACCCAUUUGCAGAGGGUGCGUUGGUUCUGUAUGAGCCCCCUACGCUGAAUACUCAGGACAUGCUUAAAGCAGACAAGGAGAAAAUGCCAGUGCAUGUAGUUGUGGAUCCAGUCUUGGGAAUUGUACUCAGACCUCACCAGAGAGAGGGGGUGAAGUUUCUGUGGGAUUGCGUGACGGGGAGACGCAUCCCGAACUCUCCCGAAAAGGCUUUUCCAGUGAGCUUCAUGUGCCAGCAUGGCCUGAGAGUGCCGACACCAAUACUCAUAAUUUCAUAUGAAACCUUCCGUCUUCACGCUGAGGUCCUACACAAGGGAAAGGUUGGACUGAUCAUUUGCGAUGAGGGUCAUCGGCUUAAAAACUCUGACAACCAGACGUACCAGGCUCUCAAUGCUAUGAGCUCCCAGCGUAGAGUGCUAAUCUCAGGCACCCCUAUCCAGAACGACCUGCUCGAAUACUUCAGUCUGGUGCACUUUGUCAGUGCUGGCAUCCUUGGUACAGCCCAAGAGUUUAAAAAGCGGUUUGAGCUUCCCAUUUUGAAGGGUAGAGAUGCUGAUGCCAGUGAUAAAGACAGACAAGCUGGAGAGGAGAAACUCAAAGAGUUGAUCAGCGUAGUCAACAGAUGCCUGAUAAGGAGAACGUCAGAUAUUCUCUCCAAGUAUCUCCCUGUGAAGAUCGAGCAAGUUGUUUGCUGCAGGCUGACCCCACUUCAGUCAGAGCUUUACAAGCGUUUUCUGAUGCAGGCCAAGCCAGUCGAAACUCUCCAGGAAGGCAAAAUAAGUGUGUCCUCAUUGUCUUCCAUCACAACACUCAAGAAACUGUGCAAUCACCCGGCUUUAAUCUACGAGAAGUGCAUGGAGGGUGCGGAGGGCUUUGAAGGAGCGUUGGAUAUCUUCCCUGCCGGAUACAGUUUGAAAUCUGUGGAACCUCAACUUUCUGGUAAAAUGUUGGUCCUUGACUACAUUCUGGCAAUGACGAGGUCCACAACAAGCGACAAAGUGGUGCUAGUCUCCAACUACACUCAAACCCUGGAUCUGUUUGAAAAGCUGUGCAGAUGUCGUAGUUAUCUUUAUGUUCGACUAGACGGCACAAUGUCCAUUAAGAAAAGGGCCAAAAUUGUGGAACGAUUCAACACUCCAUCCAACCCAGAGUUUAUUUUCAUGCUGAGCAGCAAGGCUGGCGGAUGUGGCCUGAAUCUGAUUGGUGCCAACCGCUUAGUGAUGUUCGAUCCCGACUGGAAUCCAGCCAAUGAUGAGCAGGCUAUGGCACGUGUGUGGAGAGACGGUCAGUUGAAGACCUGCUACAUCUACAGACUGCUAUCUACGGGAACAAUAGAGGAGAAGAUUCUGCAGAGGCAAGCCCAUAAAAAGGCCCUGAGCAGCUGUGUGGUGGAUGAGGAGCAGGACGUAGAGCGCCACUUCUCCCUGGGCGAGCUGCGUGAACUGUUCUUGCUCAAUGAGGAGACGACCAGCGAUACCCAUGACAAGUUCAAGUGUCGGCGCUGCGUCAACGGCAGGCAGGUUCGGGCGCCCCCAGAGGACUCGGACUGCACCGGCGACCUGUCCCAGUGGCACCACUGCUCCGACAAGAGGGGGCUCCGGGACCGGGUGCUGCAGGCCUCCUGGGACGCUGCCGUGUCCUUCGUCUUCCAUCAGCGCUCUCACGACGACCAGAAAGGGUUGGUGUGAGGGCAGACUGCUCCUAGGUUUUCUUUUACAGAGUUGGACACUUGAGGAUGCAAAGGUUAAGAUCGAAUCUUUGCCUAGUUAUUUUAUCUAAAACUUUGAAGAAAAUGCCCAAAUAAAAGCGAGGCAUCAUGUUUCAUUCAUGUGUCAUUUUAUGUAAAUAUUGAAAAAAGAAAUUCUGUGACGGAUUUGUUGCCCUUGUCUAUAGUAUAUCUUAAUAAAAAAAACGUAUAGAUCCUCA